GAUUUUAGGGUUUGAAUGAUCAGUGAUUUAGAGAACCGCCAUUUGGUUUCUUAUAAAAUCGUAAUUUGGUCUAAGAUUUUGGGAAUCAAUGAGGGUUGAGGGUUUACUCUGUUUCAUAGGGUUUCCUCUGUUCUUGAUGAACUUCAAUUUUGUGUUCAUUCUUGAAGUUGUGAUUUCGAGAUUACGUGGUCUUUUUUGCGGGUAAUGAUGUUUUAUUAAAGUGGGUCCAUCACCAAUACUCCUGUUUAUUUUUGAAGCAAGCAUGGAAUCAUUUGGUUCAAGGAGCAGGUGCUGUAAGAGUGAGCAAAAGAUAUAUGAAGAUUUGAACACAGUUUUCACAGCUCCUGAGCAUCUGAAAAUGUCAAUGGAACAGGUAAGGAAUCGCGAAGAACGAAGCCAAUUUGAAAGCACUCAAGAUUCACUAAAGAAAGAGAUUCUACAACUUCAAAGGGAACUCAAGGAUCAGUUCAUAACACGCAGAGAAUUGGAGAAAACAACGGUUAAUCGACCUCUUUUACAUGAUCCCAUCGAUAAUGAUUCACUUCCAAAGCCUGCUCACGAUCUGAUCAAAGAGAUAUCGAUACUAGAAUUUGAAGUUAAGCAUUUGGAGACGUAUCUUCUGUCACUGUAUCGUAAAGCUUUCCAAGAAUAUGCAAAUCCAGUCUCAAGGGAACCAAAUGAAGAAUCUUAUGUUCAUAGAAGCCACUCUUCGCUUUCUUUAAGAACAGAUCCUCUCGAAAAAAUUGUUCAUGAAGCUCUGGAUUCAUACCAUUCAUUGCCAUUAGCAAUGCUAGAGCGUGCUACGGAUGAAUCCAAGCAUCAUGAUACCGGUAUGUCUGCCAAUCGGCUUUCUGAGGAGAUGGUUAAGUGCAUCUCCGCUAUAUACUGUCAAAUUGCCGAUCCACCCUUAUUCAACCAUGGCUGCCUUCCGUCACCUAGUGAUUCUUCACCACGAGACCAGUUUGUGAUGUGGAGCCCACAAUGCGAAGGCGAAACAACAUGGGUACAUGAUCAUUCUGAAGCGUCAAUGGAGUUUAGUGAAUCUUGCUUCGAUGUGGUUGAGGUGCACGGUAUUUGCAAGGAUUCUAAGAGACCGAGUAAUGUUGAACAUAAAGAAAGGAUCUUUCGGUCUCUUGUUUCUCAGUUGGAACAGGUUGAUCCUAGAAACUUGAAGCCCGAGGAAAAACUCGCUUUCUGGAUCAAUGUUCAUAAUGCGCUCGUGAUGCAUGCAUUCUUGGUUUAUGGAACUCCACACGGUGCCUUGAAGCGCAUCUCUUUAGUCAUGAAGGCUUCUUAUAACAUAGGCGGUCAUAUCAUCAGUGUCGGUGAUAUCCAAAGACCGAUACUGGGUUGCAGGCUGCCUCGGCCAGGACAAUGGCUUCAAUCUUUGCUAUUUCCGAAACAAACGUCCAAAUCCAAAGAUGCACUAAAAGACUACGCCAUCGAUCAUCCGCAGCCUCUCUUAUACUUUGCACUUUCGUCUGGAAACCAUUCCGAUCCCAUGGUGCGAAUCUACACGCCGAAGAGCGUUUUUCAGGAGCUUGAAGUGGCGAAAGAAGAGUACAUCCAUACGAACUUUAGAAUACCGAAAGGGAAAAGACUAUUUCUCCCAAAACUUGUGGAAUUGUAUGCGAAAGAUUCGAGUUUGUGCACAAACGGGUUGAUGGACAUGAUCGAACAUUCUGUCCCUGAGUUUUACAUGAGGAGCUUCAAAUUGAUUCGAACAGGGAAAUCUUCGAAGAAAAUCGAGUGGGUCCCACAUAACUUCGGUUUUCGCUAUCUAAUUCCCUCGGAACUUCGUGUAAACGUUUGAGAUUGUUUCGUGGGUUUGGAGAUGCAUCUUUUGGUUCGAAUGAUUUCUAAGUUGGUUUAGGUUUCUCUUGCAUACGUAAAUUUUGAUAGCAAGAGAUCGAACAUGAAUUGCAUAACGUGAAUGUGUCCAUUGCAAGCACUUUUUAAACGAUUGAAAUUUUCUACGUAUAUUAUGUUGGUGAUUUGUAUCACUAAUACCAUUC